CUGGAGGCGGCUCGGGCGCGCGACCCCCGCCGCCCUCGUGGUGCGCUCCGGGGCGGCCCCGGCGGGAGGGCGGUGACGGCGGCGGCGGCGGCGGCGCAGUCUGCACCAUGUCGUACCCGGGGCACCCUGGCGCUGGCGGCGGGUACUACCCAGGAGGGUAUGGAGGGGCCCCUGGAGGACCUACGUUUCCCGGACAGACUCAGGAUCCGCUCUAUGGUUAUUUUGCUGCUGUUGCUGGACAGGAUGGGCAAAUAGAUGCUGAUGAAUUGCAGAGGUGCCUGACCCAGUCAGGCAUUGCCGGAGGAUACAAACCUUUUAACCUGGAGACUUGUCGGCUUAUGGUUUCAAUGCUGGAUAGAGAUAUGUCAGGCACAAUGGGUUUCAAUGAGUUUAAAGAACUCUGGGCUGUGCUGAAUGGCUGGAGACAACACUUCAUCAGUUUCGACAGCGACAGGAGCGGCACGGUGGACCCCCAGGAGCUGCAGAAGGCCCUCACCACAAUGGGCUUUCGGUUGAGUCCCCAGGCUGUGAAUUCAAUUGCAAAACGCUACAGCACCAAUGGCAAGAUCACCUUCGAUGAUUACAUCGCCUGCUGUGUCAAACUGCGAGCCCUGACAGACAGCUUUCGAAGACGGGAUACUGCUCAGCAAGGUGUUGUGAAUUUCCCAUAUGAUGAUUUCAUUCAGUGUGUCAUGAGUGUUUAAAUCAAGAGGAAGAAGCCGUAUGAACAUACCCAACAUUCCGCCUGAAGUUCUCUUUUCCUCUUACUCUCUGCCUUCAGUAACCUGUGCACACUUGCAGCGCUGCUUUUCCUGAAUAGCUGUCUUAAAGGUUUAUUACUUGACGUACGAUAGAAGUUUUUAGUAUUGAUAAUUCUUUGGAAUUUUAUGAAGAUCAGGUCUCUUACACCAUCUGGAAUUUUCUUGAGCCAUUGUCAGAGAUGCCUUAUCUUCUGGUUGAGCCUCUUUUAGGUAAAUUUCAGUGUGCAAAAUGUUUAAGUCACAUGGUAUAUUUUUCACUAUAAGAUUCUUAAAAACCUUUUCAUCAGACUCCAGCUCUUUUCCUGAGGGGCUUUUACGUGGUAUUAAAAGCUUUAUGUAUGGAGUGCUCUUAUCAUGUAAAUGAUUUAUACUCACUUGGAUGCACACAGAAACAAAAGCCCAUGGUGAUCCAGGUCAGGGUUUGCUUUAGCGGAAACUUAGCACCGGCUUUUUCAGGCUUACACAUUUUUGAUGGCCACGUGAUUAGAAAGGGAGCCUAAGUGAUUAUUUUCUUCUGAAUACGAAGUGAAUCAGUUGAAAUACGAUCUGUCUACGUCAUCAUCCAUCUAGACCUUUGUUAGCUCUACUUAAAAAUCUUAAAUUAUGAAUUUAUGUAAAAAAGAAAACUGAUUAAAAAAAUACCUUAAGGGAAUAUAGGAAAAUAUUAACUAUGGUCAUUUUUGGCUUAAGAGAUUCCAGGUACUGUAAUUUCCUUUAUGGAUUUCAGUACUUUCCAAGUUUUCUAUACUGUGUGCGCUUUCCUUUUAAAAUCAGAAGAUGAUCACGUUUAAAAUAGUGCCCUGUCCAUGUUGAUUUGCCAUGUGUUCACACUCACAUUAAAAAAUACACACAGCAAGAGGACCGUGAAGUUGGUGCUGCUGCCACUGCGAGUCAGGGUCAGGAAUUGUCUUCCUUCCUACUACUCUUCCAAGCACUCUCUGAUAAACAAGUAUUACACUUGUAAUGGAAGAUUUUUUUUCUUUCAAUUUUUAAGCAUGUGCUUUUAAGUAAGAUCUGGAUUCCCGUCCUGGCUGCGCCUCUUCCUGAAUAUGUGACUUAAUGAUCUCAGAGCGUUAGCUUCCCUGUCUUUGAGAAGGCGAUUAAUGCUCCCUCCAUGGGGUAGUUCUCAAUAUGAAAAAAUGUGUUAGUAUAAUAAGCACCAAUGUUUCUGUUUGUUAAGUUUAAAACUGGCCUAGUUUGCUCUUUUCUGCUAGAGCGUAACAGACGAAACAACGAAAUUCGCCUCUUCUUUUGCCCGCAGAGUAUGUUUUACUUCAUUCCGGGCACAGUGUGAGCGUUACCAUUCAGAUGAUCAAUUAGUUGUCAACCAGUGAAAAAAUAAAACAUUUCUAAACAUCUUCAUCCUCAUUCACUUGUUUUUUUUUUUUUCAACUAUUGCUAAAAUAGUUUAUAGAUAUGUAUUCAACCUUAGCUUAUGUCUCUAUGUCAGGAAUUCACACCUGGGCUGUAUUGUCAGACCCUGAGGCAGCCUGCUUUCUAUUAGUGGUGACGCUAGGUUUCAUUCCAGAUACACUGUUUGUGAGGCACCAAACUUGGCUUGAGCCUGAGCCAUCCAGCAACGGGCCAGAGAGAGCUCAGAGGACCAGGAGGGAGAGAACUCCCCUCAGAGUCCCAGGGCCUGCUGUUGACUUCAGACUCACCAGCAUCCCAUGAGGAAGUGACAGUUGAAGGAAAUGGUAAUCUCCUGGGUAACUCUAACGUGAUAAGGAAGAAGGCCCUUGCUAGCCCAAGGUUAUGGACCAUAUUUGAACUAUCCUACCAUGUUAAGUCCCAAGGUAUACUGCUGCAUCAGGCUUUGUUCUGAAUGUGCUUUUUUGAUAAAUGCUGAAGCAUCAACAAAACUGUGUCCGUGGAAAUAUUCAAUUAAUUCCAUUUUUUUUUUAAAGAUUUUAUUUAUUUAUUUGACAGAGAUAGAGACAGCCAGCGAGAGAGGGAACACAAGCAGGGGGAGUGGGAGAGGAAGAAGCAGGCUCAUAGCAGAGGAGCCUGAUGUGGGGCUCGAUCCCAGAAUGCCGGGAUCACGCCCUGAGCCGAAGGCAGACGCCCAACCGCUGUGCCACCCAGGCGCCCCAAUUAAUUCCAUUUUAAUUACUGAUACCUCGUAGCAAGUCUCCUUACCUCCUCCACUUCUGCUUUCACGUUGUCUUUCUGAAAGCAUGGAGCCUAAGUCUUCACUAUGUCCCUGCACUUAGAGAGUUUCCUUCCCCUUGACAAAUUUGAUGUAUCCAUCCCUUCUUUAAUUACAGCCAAAGUCUUCAUUACAAGUGAAUCUCGGGUAGCCUUAUUUCUAUUUUAUGUUGGGUUCUGUGUUUCAUUCAUUAUAUACUUUCAGCGCAGCCUCACCCAAUUCUUGAAACUGUUUCUUGGUCUAUUCUUCUGAAAGCAUCUAGCUGGAGCGUGGUCAGGCUGUGAGCCCAAGCUGGAUUGCUUCAGUUAUUUGGAAAUUAAGUUCUUCAGAAAAUGCCAACUUAAGCUUUAAUUUUAAUUUUGGAGAUAUGUGCUUUUAGUACCAUGUUGCAAGAGGUAAAGUACCUCUAUGUAACCCUUCUCAAGCAUUCCUCAGGGAUGUGGCUACAGGAAGCCCGGUGCUUCCUUGAGGACAACUGGCAUAGAUUUGCACCACAGCAGUCAAAUAGAAUUCAUCACAGCUUGCACUCCUGCUGAGCCAAAGUGGAGGGCUGACUCCCAUUUCAGUGUAUGCUCCAGGUGGUACAGUCCCCGAGAGGCAACAUGAGCUAAAACUUCUGCUAUCCCAACUAGACUUUGCUUUUCUUAGCUGAGUGUGUUACUGUUUCAGUGUUCAUCUGAAUUAUUCUAUGCCUAAAAUCUUAUAAGAAAUGCAGCUGUAUGUAAUCACCAUAAGUUUUUUUAAUCUCAUAAUAAACCUACAAAACCC